CUAGAUACUGAAGUGUAACGGAUGACAGUACUUCACAGUCACUGCUUGUCAGUAAGCUAGUGAUUGUAGGAGGUUUGAUCAUUGGCGAUGGUUUAGGUCUAGUUAAGAAGUUAAACGUUUUUUUGUGGAAGAUAUAGUCUAUAAAAGUUUUGUUUAUUAGUGGUUUUUAAAUGGGUGGUUUUGACAACAAUUGAAGUGAAACGUGAUUUUUUUUUAAAAGGGUUUCUCAAUAUUGCUUGUCAAAUUCAAUGCAUUUAUAAAAGGCCAUGAUGAAUGUUUUAAGAAUUUUUUGAACAGUUACCAUGAACUAUAUUUUCAUUGUCUUAUACUUCAAUUCAUAAGAAAUAAAGCUGAGAGUUUAUCACAUGUUUAUCUAUUAUAAAAAGAAAUUGUGAAACGUCUUUCAUUAACUUAGAAUUUACUUAUACACUUUUGUAAUGGCUUUUCCUGGUGCAAGUUUUUUGAAAACCCCAACAGCUCUAGAACAGUUACUGGAAGAAAUUAAUUUUCAAAGAACUAAAGAAAUGAGACAGUUGCUCAAAGAUGAUUCUGGAUUUGUUGUUCUCCAAGGUUCCUCGUACUGGACUGAUUUGUUUGUGCGACAUUUUCUUUUCCAAGCUGAACAUUGCAUUGAUGGAGACGAUUUGUUAUUUUUUGUUCGAAAGAAACACAUCAAAGGAUCUCCACGAUACUUACCAAAAUAUGAGACCGAGGUGGAAGUGUACCGUAAGGACAGCCGGAAACUGCCAAUAGGUGACCCAGAACUAGAUUGGGAGGAAACCGUCUACUUGAAUCUCAUUAUUCACCAGUUCGACUACACACUUACACUGGCUAUAUGCACUCGAACCUCUCCCAAACAACUGCAGGUCCUGAGAAGACAUUCACAAAAAGUGUACGCAUCUCCCAGUCGUCGCAGAAUGGACACUAAGGGGGAAGUGGAAGAGAUGACGUAUCCUCAUGUUUGCUUCAUGGUCGAUAACUUCAAUGAGGUAUUCUGUGACAUCAUGGUGCGAGAUGGGGAAAUGGUCUGUGUGGAGUUGGUGGCAUCGGACAGAUCAGGCCAUAUUCAGGCUGUUAUCUUUCUUGGCUCCAUCAGAUAUGAUGCACUCAAGAGGGUUUACGAUGCCAGGGCAAGUAUGAGCAGCAAGAUGGCGCAGAGGAUGACAUUCGGCCUGUUCUCCAGCCAGGCAGCCCAGAGAGUGGAGUUCGUCCGCAUGAAGGGACCGCAGGGGAAGGGUCAUGCUGAAAUGGCCGUGACGAAACCUAAAGGUAGCUAUAGCACUGUGAUAGAUGUUAUAACCGAGGUGAGAGGACUGACCAUAAAUUUACAGUGUCUUUGUGCAGGGUAUGGGGCAGAGACACCGACAUCCGAACCCGGGCUGUGUGCCAUUGACAUGUGGGACUCGGAUUGGGAUGAGGAUCCAGAAGACUUUUAUGUCUACAGGCAUCAGAGAAGGCUCAGUGACCCAAGUGCUAACCUUAACAAUUUUGUGCGGAGUGGAUGGCGGACCAAGGCGUACGAAGCCAAUGGCCCUGGCACACGCACUCGCUCGGAGAACGAUGGCUUGGACUCGAUGGCUAACGGACUGGCGGAGAUAGAGGCGGGGGACGUGAGAGAUGAUUGUUCGAGCGUUGGUUUAGUUUCACCACACCCCGCCACCACCACUCAUUGUCCUUGUCAAAAUCAGUGCAUGGGCAUGCAAGCACGUUCCGAUACACUAGUCCUGCCGCAAGCCCCGCCGGAGGCUCCGUCCACCAGCAGAGGGGAGGUGGGGGCGAGCAAGGACGAUGAUGACAGUGAUGAGGAUGAAUUUCAUGACUGCCUCUCGUGGGGUGAGGCUGAUCUAGAGGUGGGGGUGGAUGUGGGCGCUAUGGCGGACCCACCCCCACUCCCGCCCAAGUGCACUUGCACCAAAGAUCAUACACCCGCCACUGCCAGGCCGAAUUGCACCAACUCACUUCCCAAAAUGUUCAAAGACUCGGCUAACCGUAGGAUGAAAUGGUUGAACCGCCAAAUGCCACCUCACAAAAUUGCACCAGACGGUACAACAGUUCACUAUUGGUGUGAUGUGCCAACUAGAAGGGCCUCAUUCAACGGCCGUAGUUAUGAACUAGACGAUGGUGCUUAUAAUCCUCUCUGGACAAUGAGGGGCUUCACCCAGACUUUCCACUUUUGGAAGGAGAACAAGAGAGCACAGUCGGUUCCUCUCAACGCUUUCCUCACGUACAUUACGCUGCCGUGGUGGAGCAUAGCUAAGGAUAUCCUGGACCACAGAGAAGAGCCGAUUCUGACGUUCUAGUCACUUUGGACUCUCUCCCGUGUGUGCCUACUUCUUGUGGUAACGUGACAGUGCCGGGACUUAUUUUGUACAAGUAAAAUAGUUUCUCGUUUUCCAAGUGUAUAACUCACAGUGUCUUGUCAUGUAAAGGCUGUUUAUCACUUCAUCUAUACUUUAUUUAUUUUUUAUUUUUAUAAUUUUUGUUUAUAUCACUUUGUAGGGAUCUAGUGAGUAUUAUAUUUCUUAGUGUGAUAUAUCAGUGCAAUGAACACAUUAUACUUAAAGAACUUUAAAAGUUAGGGGAAUUAAAGUGAUGUAAUUAAGAUUUUUGUUACCUUAGUACUGUUAAAUAUUAUCGUAAUGGCUUAAUUUAUUUUUAUGUUUUUUAUACCAACUAAAAGGUUAUACCGAAUUUUUGUUGAUAUUAUUUUAUUACUAAUAUGUUUACUACGGUUUACACUUAAUAAUGAUAAUUUACUCAAAUUUGUCUAUUUAUAUAUUAUUAAGGUUUAAUUUAAUUUCAGUUAAGAAUUUUAUUUCAAUGCCAUAAUUUUGUAAUGCACACCAUAGCUGGUAUGUGAAAGAGGAAUUCAAAAUAAAAAGUUUCAUGAUACAUAUCAAUCAAAAAGAAGGUAACAUGUUUUAACUUAUCAUUUGGAAUUAUUGUCAUAAUAAUCAUUUCAAGAUAAAGUUUCGUAUUGGUAUCUUUUCCGGGUGUAUGAAAAUUCAAAAACAUAGCUUAUGCAUCAGGUUGUAAUGAAGUCAAGGGAUGUUUAAGUGUUACAGCACUGCACUACAGAAUGCAUAUUACGUAUAAGGAGAAUACAUGUUGUAGGGUUUAAUGUAAUUUACUUCCAUUCUCACUCUAGAGUAAAGUUUUUUACUCAAUCUUUGUUAUGAACUGUAGUAUGUAUCUUCUUUACCGAUCAAGAAUAAUAUAACCAUGUCUGUAAUAUACUUCUAAACACAUGGUGGACCAGUGUUAUACUUCAUAAAAUUAUAUGGCUUUAGAGGUGGGAGUGCAGAGGUUUUAUAAAAACCACCGCAAUUUUGUGGUGCUUUUUCACUAUUAUGCUUUAUUUGAAAAUACAUCAUUUUUAUUGUACUAUCCUACACUUUAUUUCGUUUGAUCAUAAAGUUAUGUUUUGAAUGUUCCAUACUCCUGGAGAAGAGAUUAGAUUGGUCUCAUUAUGUUUUGAAACAAACAGUAAAGCAUAAUGAUGGUAAAUAAAUAUCAGUUACUUUGUUUUAAACCCCUGGAACUGGCAUAUCCGAUAACGGACAGUCACAGCCAUCAAGCUUUUUAACAUGUUUUAUUACGUCCCUAAAAUACGAUCAAACAGUAUCAGAUUCAAUACUAAUUGAAAAAGGAAUGUUUGAUUUACAUAGAUAAUAAACCGUCUGAUCAUUUUAAUUUUCCAAUACAUGUCUUUAUGGUUUGUAAUCUUGAUUUCUGUACUUGUAACUGUGUACUAACACUAUGUGCUAAUACCUGGUUAGUCAGCCAGUUUACUCAGCUGUUAUUAUUCCACUGGUUGGAUUUUUUUCUUAUUUACUUGUUUACAUUGUUUUUUAUUUGGAUAUUUCACACAUUGUUCAUAGUAAUAGGUUUCUAAUGAGUUACAUAGUAUAAAAAUAUCAGUUAAACUUUGUACUUGUAGUUACUACAGUUAAGCUUGGACAAUGAAAGUGGACCAAUUUCAAGUUUAUGCUGAGUUGCGAUUUAAAAAAAUGUGUGUUAUGUUAUUUUAAUUUAAAAAUUGUAAAAAAAGUUAAGCCUUGUAGUUUUUGUUAUUAAUACUCAAAACUAAAAAAACUUUGAAUGAACUUUCUAUAAAUAACUUGUUAUUGGAGCUAAACUCAACAUUCACAUAGCUUGUUGUAUUUGUAAAGAUACAGUAAGUAGCAAUAAAAUAUUAUUCAUAACUUGCAGAACAAAUAUUUCUUGUUAAAUUCCUUACUGCUGUAUGAUAUACUUAUUUCAUACCAUACUUAUGAUAUUAAAAAAUAUAACAAGAUGGUACUGUAUAACUAAAAAACCUUUUGCCACAAAGAAAAAUCUAACUGCCAGUUCCAGGAAUAAUCAGUCCACUGUCAAUUUUAGCUUUUAUAAGCACAUAACCUAAUUUCACAUUAUUUUAUUAGAGAAAUACGUCAGACUCUCAGCUAAUUACUAAGAAACGCUAUGAAUGUUUGGCAGCUUCAUAAGAUACACUGUAAAUUAUAUAAAUGUUUCAUUGUUACAUUCGGUUAUAUUGUUCCAUAAUAAGUUACAAAUAUCCCUUACAGUUUGGUCGGAAGGUAGAUUUCCCUUGUGGCUGUCAUCUCAAAAUGUCACACUGAAGGUGCAUUAUUAGAUUAGAUGGUUACUUUGCACAACAAUUAUAGUACAAUGGUGCUCAUGGUUGGUAUGUUAAUAUACUAGUAACACUUUCAAAAAUUUAGAAACCUUCCAAAACAAAAAUCAUUAUAUACAUAUAAAUUUGUUUGUGAAAUCUUGGACUUGAUUUAUUUACAAUCAAUCCGAGAUUAUGUUUGUAAACAUGUUCACUUACGAUUCUAUGGAAUUGAGUAUUUUUAUAACAUUUGAACAGCCGCUGUUUUGAAACCUUAAGAGUUAUUGAAAAAUUAGUGAAAAUAAAAUUUGCAUGGAAUUACUUGAGGAAUUAUGUUGUGAAAUACCCGAGAUAACAAUGUUGCACAAGUAUGAAUGGCUGCCAUAUUGAAACCUUGUGAAGUUUGAGACUAGCUAGCAAACUUAUUUACACAAUGUGUAAGUAGGUUCUGUCGUAGUACAAAGUUUAAUUUGAAUCUGCUAGAAAUUAUAAAAAUUAUAGUGUUUACCAUUAUUUCCGCAAUAUUACUGUACAGCCUAUUUCUAUUCAACAUUUUCUAUGGCCCAUGUCUGAAAAACCUAAAGAAGUAUAAAAAAACAUGUAAGAACAUGCAUUAUUGCAAAUGACCUGAGCAUUCUAAAAUACUUUUUGUUUCACUCUACAGUGCAUAAUAAGUAUGAUAUAAAUCCUUUUCAACACUUUGAACAGUGUUAAAACCUUAAGAGGUGUCAAAAAAUUUGCAGACUAAGUUAUUGAAAAUUAUUCAAUAUUUUUCAAACAUAACACCCUGUAUAUACAUUUUUGGAUUAUGUUGGUGUUUGGGUUCAUGAUGGGAGAAUAUCCAAAAACAUCCUGGAAAUUCCAUCAUGAGAGUGAUUACAUUACUCAGAUUUGAUGAAAUCUACCCAACAGUUGUCAGUAUACAGAUGUUUAUAUAACUGUGGGUUAUACAUUAGGCUAUACAGAGUCUCAGUCAUUAAUAAGUUUGCUACUCAGUAUAACAAGAAUUGGCGUGUUCUGCAAUUGUAUCACAUGAAUCAUUUCAAUAACGCUAGACAAUCAAAAAUAUACAAGUGUUAGAAGUGAACAAAUUUUUCAAUUCUGUUACAAUUUUCAAUUAAAAUCAGAGUUUAACUUAAUACCUAUAAUAAUUCACUUUACAACAAUUCGUUCUCAAGCUUGGUGGCUGUUUAAGUUGUGCUACAAAUCUGCUUCUUUGAUCCAUUCGUCAGUCGGUUGAUACACCGUGGAUAUUUCUGUAUAAAAAUAAUGUGAGAUAAGGUUGUGUACUUGUACAAUGCAAAAUGGCUCUCACUCAGCUCUCAGACUAAUAAACAGAAUUCUCCUCUUCCUAAAACUAUUAAAUAUGGAUUUAGAAACAUAUUAAUUUAUAAUAUGUACUGAACCAAUCUUGUGCCUGCAAUAAAAUCUGCACCAACUGAUGAAGUUUCUUUGUUCCACAUUUACAGAAAACCUAAAUUUAUAGUGUAAACAGAUUUUUGUUACUGUACAUUUUACUCUCUUUACUACCUUGUGCUCUAUAAUUUAAUAUUUUAAGAUAACCUAAGAAAUCUAAAAUCUGAACAGAGUCAGGUCCUAUUCAGUUGGAUUAGCAGAACUUUAUUGUACUGUAUGUUUCCAGUCCUUGGUGUUGCAAAUGUCAUUGAGCCAGUUCCUUUCUCUAGUCAUUGUUAGAAUUUCAAAGUAAAUUAUUUUAUUUAUAAGGUUGAAUGAUCUGUUUUAUAGCUUUUAAAGUUGUAUUUAAAUGUAUUGAUAUUUGUUUUUUUUUAUUGAUUGAAGGUAAACAUGUGCUACUAGGUUUAAUCAAAUAUUCUACAGUUACAAUUUUUGCUCAUUAUUAAACACCAUAUUUUAACUUAUUCACAUGUGUACAGAAACUUUGAAUUUUUAGUGUCUUUAUUACAGAUUCAAAAUGGUCCUUUCAGUUUUGUAUUGGAAAUGUUAAUUUUCUGCCCAGUAUACAACAACUGUAUUCAAAAUCUUAUUUGUGAAAUAAAUGGAUAGUGUUCAUAAACAAAUCUGUUUAUAAUUUGGUAUAUGCCUCCUGAGGCAUAGCCUAGAUUGUAAAUUAAUCCUCCUGGGAGGAUAUUCAGGAUAGUUACAUUUCUACUUAUUAUAAUGAACCCUUAUUAUAUGAACCCAAGUAUCCGGUUUAACCCUUUCACUGCUAGGAAAUUUGUUUACUGCAUGUUCCCGUACUGUCAGGCCUUUCACCAGAGACUUGUCUUUUAACUGCUAACCAAGAGUUAGACAUUUUUAAGAGUUUUGUAAAAAAUCCAUAUAAUUGUCAUUUGUGAUCGUAGACAGCUUUGCUUGCUUUCUUUCUUAAGGAAAUUAGUAUUAGAGAUAUAUUAAAGCAUAUCACUUAAAAUCUUUAAAAAAAUAAAGACUUUUACCUUUUGUUGUGAGCUGUUUUAGUAUGAUUUGGUUCAGAAUGCUGUCAACUUAUCUCAAUUUCUUCCAAAUUCAUUAAUUUACAAACAAUACCUUUCUAAACCAGUAAAUAAAACAAACAAAAUUUUUGUUAGCGUUUUUAUGGAGUUAAGUAAAAUUUACUAAUUUUUAUAUACAAAUUUGGAAAUAAAAUACAUAUACAAAUGAAAUAACUCAGUUGCUCAUUGAAUUUCGUUAUAAAAGAAUUAUUUAUGUAUAAAAUGUUUAAUCCUAAACAUGACACUUAACUUUAAUUGAGUAACUCCUAAUGUAGCUUUUAAUAAAUUUUAUAAUUUUUGUAGUGGAUAACUAAUAAAACAGACACAGGUAGUUUAAGUGUGAAUUGCUGACAAGAGAUCAUGCAGACUGGCAGUUCAUAAGUGGCUUUUCCACAUUCAUGAAACCGGAUAUUGGCAGUAAAAGGGUUAACCAGGAUUUUUAUUGUUUAAAAAAUAUAUGUAAAUACGAGGUGUAGUUGUAAAAUAACCGGACUGAGGCUGAAAACAAAUUUUACUUACACAUAUUUACAAUUUGAUGUAACUUCUUGUACUGUCAAGUAAUUCUUGUACCCUUCAUUACACUUAUUUCAACAUUACAAAUGUUUCACUUGCUGAUUUUCCAAGUUUAAAAAGAAAUUUUAUGUUCACAAGUUAUUCUUUUUGGAUUCUCAACACACAGAUUCUUUCCGACACAGAAACUAAAGGCUACCAUAGUAAUGUUGCUUAGCUGGCACUACAAGCGGAAUAAAUACAGGAGCCAGACAAAACUCGAGGAGGGUUGGAAGGAAGUCACGUGACCGGCUACAUGAUAUUCAGUCUUAUUGUGUUCAUUCUGUGGCUCCACCAGUACCAAUCCGGUUAUUUUCUAGCCACACCUCAAUUUCCAAGCCUGAAGUUUGAUGUUAAAAAGAUAAGAGUUGUUGAACUUAGUCUGGUUGGCUAGUGAAAGAUUGUAGCAUUUGUAUAUAACGACCAAUAUUGGGAUGAUGUGAUACAUCAGUCAAACAUGUAACAUAUAAAACCUAGUUAAUUGUAAGUAUGGAGUAUUAACCCUGGAGAGGGCACAUGAAACAUCUACAUCAGAAGGCGCGCACGGUCAUUUAGACUAUGUUUCAAAAGAACACAUAUAUAUUGGAAACAAACGUAUUUAAUUGAUUUAAAUUAAUAACACAUGUAGUUGAUAAUUUGAUAAUUGUAUACAGGUAUUACACUACAAUGCAAUAUUUAAAAUCUAAAUUUUCAAGAGGUCUAAUAAUAACAGUAUAUUAUUCUUCAUCCUGAGAUUAUUCUGAUUCUUGGUUUCCCUUGACAAAGCGAGUACAUGCCACUUCUGUGUGUUGUGCCUUGCAGAUAUGUCGUUGACUUACAUGGCACCUAAUCCUGGUUUACAUGGCUUCUUAUCCUGAUUUUUCCUUUUUUUUCUCCAGUUGCGAUUGACACUUCUGUUUCGUCUCUCUCAUAGAUUUUGUGGAACUGCAGCAGGUUCAUCUUCAGAUAGUCCCAACACUUAACGGAUGUUUCUGGGCAUAUAAUUUUGGUGUUCUUGCAAGUACGGCAAACACAUUUUGGUACUUUCCUAUCUAAUAAGGUCCUUGAUUUUCCAUUUGUAGAGACUUGCGUGAUGUUCUACAUUCUGAGCCUCUUGACUUGUGUUUAGCUGAUAGCUUUGAUCCACUGCUCACUCUUCUUCACCAGCUGACAAAGUGAAACUGCCCUCAUCUGUCCUCAGUUAAUUUCAAUGUCAUCAUCUGGUGCAAGUACGUUUAUCGGUUGAGCAGCUACGAACAUUUGGAGUUUAGAUUCUCCUGGGUUUUCCUCUUCUCUAGCUAUUCUAUAUAUACACGUUUCCCAAAAUUCUUUCUCAUAUUUUCUUGCCUGUUUCUCACGAUUAUAAUUAACAGUGCUUACAUGUACAUGAUUUGGACAGUAUUACACUUCAAAAAAAUUUCACAAAUUUAAAAAAAUUAUUUGUACUUUACCUGUAUAUAAUUUACUCAGUAUAACAUUAUACAAAAGAGUUACACACUAUUUUAACACCAUUGACAAGUAUGUAAGGUUUAAAAAACGUUUAACCAUGGAAAACAUGGGGUAAACAACUCGUUGGAAAGGCGCUGUAAAAGAUUUAGAUCGGGUCUGUAUUGUAAGAUACACUGCAGCUACUUUAAUAGAGGGAAGGGCACAUUAACUAUGGUUUCUGAUGGUGUAUUAGUCUACUAGAAUGUAUUCAGAGGGAGAAAGCUAGUAGUUCAUUAUUCAAGAAAAUAUUCAUAUCUAUUGAGGAACCUGGUCUAAAACACUGUGACACACCUUCUAGAGUGUUAAUUAAAUUGUUAAUUUCACAACAAUUGUUUAAUUUGUUAGUUAAAUUUUUCUAACUUUCAUUAUUAGUACUACAACGUUGUAAUUGUAUCGUGGCUGUCUGUUUAGUUCAAAAUAACGGAAUAAUUUUGCCUGUUGGACUGUCAUCAAUUUUGUUAUAUAAUUAUAUCACGCCAGAUACUUGGUUAUAAAAUUAUUCACGCUCAUAUCUGUAUGUCUCUGCUGUCACCACAAUGCAAUGUAACGUGAUAACCUUUAAACAAUGACCAUUUGGUUAAUUACAAUGUUUUUAACUGUGUAUUACCUUUGAUUGUGUUAGUUGCAUAGGAGAUAAAUCAUUCAUACAGACAAGGUGUUUUGAGGUCCGGGGAUUAUUUCAGUUAGUUCUGAGGUCCGAAGUUUUUCGGCUGUGCCACGUAACUUUGAUUGUUACUGUUCAAAUAUUUACUACCUGAGCCUUUCACUCCACAGUCUGAGCGCUCACUUUUGGCUUACAUCAAUUUAUAACAUCCAAUAAGUUAUCUCUUAUGUAACUAAUAAAAUUAAAGGUAUUACUUUCAUUAUUAACUGGAUCCAACCAGUCUAUUAUGGUAAUUAUGCAUAUGAAUCUUUUAAUAAGCCACCCUAAACAUUGUAAAGGUGAAAUCUGUUACAAUUUGUAAAGAACUUUUCUUACCCAUGACCAAAUAAAUAUUAAAAUGUUAUAUACAUAAAUUGUGAAUUUUUUAGGAGAAAAGUUAAAUUAUAGAUUCUUUAACAAAAGUUUAACAAGAUUGUAAUAACUAAAAGACAGAUUUUUUACUAUUGUAAGAUAUUUCCAGAGAGCAAGCGUUGUACAACUUAAUUUGUUAUAUGUUGCACAAUUAAAUGUCAAAGGACAUAACAUAAACAUAUAAAAGCUUUGAAAUAAAGUAAUAAUUCUAAUAUUUUACAAUUUUAAUAAAUGUAAGACAAAAAAUUUUUUGAAUCUUGUAAAACAAACAAGAGACUUGACAUUUAAAUAUGGCAGUGGUUAAACAAUAAAUGUUUCUUAUGAGCGA